GACAGUUUUACCUCAGAAAAAUGACAGGACGAAAGGUAGCUAUUGGAAUCGACGAAAGUGCAUUUGCCGAGCAAGCAUUUGACUUCUAUGCUGAUAAUGUGAAAAAAGAAGAUGACUACGUCUUUCUUAUUCACACCCCAGAGAGGUACAACGUAAUGGACGCCAAUCUUGGCACGCCUGUUAAACGUGCUACUGUGCUGCAAGAAAUUCUGGAUGAAAUUAAAGUCAAAGUGAAAAAGUUAGAGGAAAAAUACAAGAAAAAGAUGGCAGAAAAAGGAGUUAAAUCUGGGAAAUUCAUCACGAGACAAGGUGACCCCGGAGAAGCAAUAGUCCAUGUAGCAGAGAGGGAGAAUUGUAAUCUCAUCAUCACCGGAAGUCGAGGAAUGGGCGUGUUCAGGCGGACAAUUCUGGGAAGUGUCAGUGAUUAUGUUGUUCAUCACUCUCCCUGUCCUGUACUUAUUUGUAAGGCAACAGAAAAAGACCAUAAGUGAUUGGAACAACCAGUAUCCCUGCCAGGGACGAAGCUCUAUGGCAUCUUUCCCAAGGUUAUACAGUAGUGCUGUUAAGAGAGAAACAGAGACUUUUUCUACAUAAUCUAAUAUAUACAAUUUUCGGGAUAAAUUGUUCCCGCGUAUAUUGCAUGUAUUUAAUAUCAACAAUAACCUGAUAUGAUUCGGCAAUAUUUUGAAUUGUUAAACAUGUAUAAUAAACAGAUAAAACAA